UGGCGGCCGUUGCAGUAGAGGGAGGUCAGAAACGGAUAAAUAACUCGACUUUUUAACCGAUUUUAACGGUUUUUUGACCAUAUCCGGAUGAUUUUAGCUAUUUUAUCCGGUACCAGGACGUCUAAUCUACUUAUAAACGCUGUGUUGAUCGGCCUCGUCGUCGUGUCGUGGACCUACACAGUCAUCGCAGGAGUGGCCAUCGCUCGGCGUCAGUUGGCCGGGGUCGAGUAGUUGGCCGGGGUCGAGUCAUUGGCUGGGGUCGAGUCAUUGGUCAUCGCUCGUCGUCAGUUGGCUGGGGUCGAGUCAUUGGCUGGGGUCGAGUCAUUGGCCGAGUGAACGUCUUCAACUAUGGGCAAGGGAAAGGAUAAGACUAUUGGUAGUCCCAAGAGAGGGAUUGACAGCCCUAAGUCACCAAAGAUGCGAGGAGGAGGAGGAGGAAGCGAGUCGUCUCCCUCCUACCGUAGAGACCAGCUGAUAAGAAGCGAGCCGUUGCCUCCCAUAAACGUUACUCCUUAUCCUCUGUCCACGUCCACGGAAAUGGCCAUGGCUAUGAGUUCCGAGGCCCAGGCUUUACAGGAGAGGGUAAAAGUGUUAUCUGAGCUGGUGCGUGAACUGCAGGAAGCCCGGGACGACAACGCACCUCACAUGAACGCCAUUAACGCACUCUCGGAUAAGAUUGUCACCGAUGAGAAAUUGACGUCAUCGAACAGGACAAAACUCAAGCUUAUGUACGAGAAAGGCGUAACAGAAACAGAGAAGGAGGUUGCCCUGGUGAAGAAAGCUCUCAACACCGUCUACCAAAUCCGCAAUAUCCGACACGACCUUCGGAUACAG